AUGGAUAUUAUAGGAUUGAACACCAUUGACUAUGAUUGGAAGCAACUCUUUGGCAUUAUUAUUUGGCGCUUGUGGAAGAAUAUAAACUGCUUCAUUUUUAGAGGAAAAGUUUGGUCCUCUACGACGACCAUUCAUUCAGCCAAAGCCUGGGCUCAUGUUAUAAGAAGCACUUGCAGAAGUUACUCAGGUUCCAUGCACCGUAGGAAGGCCACCUAUUGUUGGAGAGUGCCUGAAACUAAUAGCUUUACGCUCAACACGGAUGGAGCCAUGGAUCCUGCAACCAAGGCAGUUGCGUGUGGGGGAGUUAUCCGGAAUAACAACAGAGACAGGAUCACAAGAUUCUGCAGGAAUAUUGGACAUUGCCUAGUUCUCCAAGAGGAGCCGUGGGGAGUCCUGGAUGGGCUCGAGUUAGCUUUGUCCCUUGGUGUUAAUUAG